GGCACAUUUUGUCAGAGGCUAAAGAAGACGAGAAGGCAAAACAAGGCCAGGCUACACCACCACCACCACCACCAUCACCACCACCUCCUCCUCUAGCCGAACUUGUGUCCCCCCUGAAGGCUGCCAAGUCAAGCUCAAAGGCCUCAGUGUGGCGGUGUGUCCACGAGGAGCAGGCCACCAAACGGUACGCAGACCACAUGAGCAAGAGCCACAAUGAGUUUAACCUUCAGAAGUGCAGCUUGUUGACAGACCCAUGCUGCCCUUACCUCACCACCACCCCUGACGGCUUCACCUCCUGUAGCUGCUGCGGCACUGGCAUUGUAGAGGUGGUGUGCCCGGUGUGCAUGAGGGCCGCCGAGCCACAUGCCCUGCAACAAGCCACACCCGCUAAGUCAGCCUGCCUGGAGCGAUUAAAAGGGUGGUUUGACAAGACGAAGGACGACUCUUGGUACUAUCGGCUACAAUCACAGCUGCAUGGAUGUGACAAGCAGUACUGUGACUUGGUGGUGUGGGCCAACAAGAACCUGCUGAUCAAGAGGUACUUCAGGAACACUCCUUUCUUUGAGGCUCAGCGUUUAGAGGAGGAGGCGAAGAAGGAGUUGCCAGGGGUGCUAAAAAAGUGGAUUGCAGAUGACUCCAGCCCCCGCCCCCCAGUGGUCUGCCCUGCUGCUACUGUGACAGGCCGGCGGAUGGGGCUGUGGUGUACUGUGAAGACGUGCAGUGUGAGAUAAAGACUUUUCAUCUCAAGUGUCUGGGUCUCACAAGGCUGCCUCCCCUUGGCUGGCGCUGCAUUGACUGUCGGAAAACAAGAUGAGGUGCAUUUUACAUCAACGGAAUGCCUGACCUGACCUGACCAAAGCUAACCUAACCUAACCUAACCUAACCUAACCUAACAUAACAUAACAUAACCUAACAUAACCUAACCUAACCUAACCUAACCUAACCAAAGCUAACCUAACCUGAUCUAACCAAACCUAGCCUAACAAACUGAUCUGACCUGACCUGACCAAAGCUAACCUAACCUAAUCUAACCAAACCUAGCCUAACAAACUGACCUGACCUGACCUGACCAAAGCUAACCUAACCUAACCUAACCAAACCUAGCCUAACAAACUGACCUGACCUGACCAAAGCUAACCUAACCUGAUCUAACCAAACCUAGCCUAACAAACUGACCUGACCUGACCUGACCAAAGUUAACCUAACGUGAUUUGACCAAACUAAAUCUAGCCUAACCUAAAUAGAUCUAACCUGACCUGACUUGACCUGACCAAAGCCAACCCAACCUGAUCUGACCAAACCUAACCUAGUCUGACCUCAUUUGAGCAAAGCUAACCUAACCUGAUCUAACCAAACCUAGCCUAACAAACUGACCUGACCUGACCAAAGUUGACCUAACCUGAUCUGACCAAACUAAAUCUAGCCUAACCAAAAUGGAUCUAACCUGACCUGACUUGACCUGACCAAGGUUAACAUAACCUGAUCUGACCAAACCUAACCUAGUCUGACCUCAACUUAGCUUAACCUGACUUGACAUGACCUGACAUAACCUAGUGUAGCCUAACCAAACCAAACCUGACCCAACCUAUCCUAGCCUAACCUGAACUGGACCUGACCUAAGCUAACCUAACCAAACCUAACCUAACCUAACCUAACCUAACCUAACCUAACCUAACCUAACUUAACCUAACCUAACCCAACCCCUAACCUAACCUAACCUAACCUAACUAACCUCACCUCUCUUGUUUCUUGUAUGUGUGUGUCAGUAUUCCACGCAUUGUCCUUGGUAAUUGUAUAUUGAAGUGAAAGGGUUAUCUGUUUAGUUACUGUUCAAUUAAGAAGUAUACAUAAAUUGUUUGCAUUUGUUAAUA